AUGAAUCGUCUCGUAUCAACCAUUUUAAUUCUUGUUUUAUUGGAUUUAACCAUCCAAAGUCUUGAUGCGUGGAAAAUCGAAUCGGCAUUGAGCAAUGGUCAAAAAAAAACGAGUAAACGUCGUUCCAAACGUGAUUUCGCGCCGAUGCCAGCGCCAUAUCCCGUGGGAGUAUGCAACUACGGUGAAAUCGGCAGCUGCGAUCAAUAUGCUAGUCACACCACUCAAGUCGGUGUUCAACUACAAAACACGAUCAAUUACGUUCAACAACGAAAGUUCUUCGUGAGCGGCCUCGUAUCCAUUCCAGCACUUCAAAAUGGUGGCAUGUGCUUUUCAAACACGAACUAUUUUACAUGUGAUGCAUUCGACGCUCUCAUCCGUGGUCAUUUGACGAUACCACAACUCUCAACGGCCAGCCUACUUCCAGUUUCAAUGAUUGAUAUUGAGGGUUUACUGAGCGCUUCAUACAUCAUUCGAUAUGGUCAAUCACAUACAUUGACUGGUCUCGGUGUUAUGGCAAGUAUUUUCGGUCACAUUCUUCCAUCCCAGCUUAGAUCGUUUAAUUUAUAUCCAUUAUCAAACGAAAUGCUCACAUCUGGUUUCUUACAACAAGCAGGAUAUCUUCAAUCAGAUUGUCUUCCAACAGCACUUGGCCUUGCAGCUUCAUACAUUCAUUAUAUUCCAACGAACUUUCCGUCAUCAUAUUGUCAAUUAAAUGGAGACAUUUCAAUGAGUGUUGAUCGGUUGAUUAAUGCCAAAUAUGUCUAUGGUAAUUACAAAAUUGUUACCACCACUGGUAUGCUUGCUAUGCAACAUGGUUAUGUUUCACGAGACGUCUACAGAAAUUUCGGUUGCUAUCCGUUUGCUGCAAAUGCUUUUGCUCAAACUCAAACAUCUGAAUAUGUUUAUCAAGAACAAACUCAACAAGUAUCAUUUGUUAAUGAUUUAGUCCACACAGGCUACCUUUAUUCGAAUAAUCUCCUUACCAAUGUUGGAUACUUUAGUAUUAUGAAACAAUUUGUCAGUGUAGAAAACUUUCGUAGUUUGAAUCUCUGGCCUUGCCCUUCGACAAUCUCCAUCAGUGCUUUCGUCGCUGCUGGCUACGGUUCAUACAGUGGUCAUUUAACAACACUUGGUACCUAUUUAUAUCAUGCUCAAUACUUCUCAACUGAUUUACUUAUUCGACUUGGCAUUCAUUUACAUGAUGAUUUCUAUAUGUAUCAUCAUGCUUUAAAUUAUGGUGGAUAUAUUUCAUCAUCCUAUCAUGAAACUCAUAGUGCUGUUCACAGCGCUCUUACCUAUCCAUCAUACGGAGUCCAAGCUGCUCAAGUUGCCCAAUAUCAAUCAGGAAGUCAAUUUCAAUCAGCCGUCGGUGGAUACCCACCAGUUGCUAGUCCAUAUUCAGGACUCGGCGGUGUAUAUCCAGCAGGAGCUGAUGGAACCCUUACAAACGGCAUAAUGAAUCCAGGCACUGCUUUCGCUAAGAAAUAA